CUCGCCAUUGAGCUCGACAUCAACGAUGACAGCAACAAGCACGUGCGAACACUUCGAAAGUGCACCCUGCAGACCAAGCCAUGGCCUCGCGCCGCCAUCAUCGCUUCCCGCGGGGCGAGACGUGUUCCGAGUGUCCGGCCAGGAGAUGGUACUCCGAGAAUGGCCGGCGCUAUUGUGAGAAUGGUCAUGAAGUCGAAGGCUACGUCCAGUUCGACGUCGACGAGGACGACAACUACGGCAAGACGGGCAGCGUGGCUCGCAAGAAGAAGGAGGCCCGCCACGCCGACCGCAAGCAUCUGACGGGCAACGCGGCCCGCGAGCUGUACCUCGAGUGCCUGCAGCUCCUGCUCCGGAAGCAGGUGCUCUGGCUGGUGCGGAAGAAGGGGUUCCAUCCCGAGCUCGAGGCCGUCGUCCGCGACCUGUGGCUGCUCCGGAUCAGGACGUUUCCGGGGCUCGAGGGGGACCGCCAGUCGGGCAAGGACGGGGACCGGAAGGGUGACGGCGGGCUGGUCAUGUUUAGCUCGCAGACCCGGGGCCAGAGCGACGAGGAAGAGGGCGAGGAGGGAGGAGGCGACGGAGAGGGGUUCGGGUGGAAGAGGAAGAGGAAUAGCUGGGCCGGGGACGUCUGGGCGCUUCCUGGGGCGCUGGACACGCUCGUGUUGGUGUAUCUGGGAUGCGUCCUGCGGCAGGAGCCGGUACGGCUUGGGGACGUGUUUCGGUGGGCGAGGAAUGGGCAGAUGCCGUUCCUCGGAGCGCUCAACCAUGUGCCCAAGGAUUGGCGGGACCGGUUGCCCGGCUGGGCACAUCAUUCUCUCCUGACAAGAUAUGCCAGAUUUCACGGUGGCGAACUGCACCGGGCUGUCAUGGACAUGAUGCUGGGUUAUAAAGAGAACCACGGGCUAGAGUUCCCUGCCGUACCGGCACCGCCUUUGCUGUUUCUCUACAUAAGGGAUCUGGCCCUGCCUCCUGAAGUGUAUCCUUUCGCACAGAAAAUCUGCCAUCUCCUGAAGCUGCGAUUUUCAUUUCCGGCACGAGAUCCCGCCCCCAAGCGGUACAGGCUGCUUGACCUACCAGAGGUGCUACUAGUGGCGUCCCUUGUCGUAGCCACGAAGCAUCAAUAUCCGCUCGACGAGACGGUGCGGUUACCUCGACACGCCAAUGACCCGCUCUGUCUUCAGAUGGACUGGAAGGUGUGGGAAUCGGAGUUCAGAAAGCGGCCGGAGGAGAAGCCAGGGAUACUGAGAUACGAGCACACGGAUCCGCAAGAGAUAUGGUCCAUGGGCAAAGAAGAUAUAAACGAGCUGCUGAACUGGUUUCAGGAGACGCAGCUCGAUAAGAAUCUGAAAGAUGAAACCGAAGCCGACCGCCUCUUCCCACUUCAAGCUAUUCCAGUGCUCCCAGCCAUACCGGAAGUGCCUCAAGAAGAGAUUGAGGCCCGAGCCAAAAGAGUUCUGAGCGCCAUGAAACGGGUUAACCCACAGCCAGAUUCGGAGGAAAGGGCUGAGGAGAUCAAGCGACUGGGCUCCGAUUACAGGUGCUAUAAGAACGUCGACGAGCUUGAUGGGAUUGUAAAGCGUUUCUACGACGUUGCAGCCGAAACUGCUGGGCUCUCCGUUCGAGGCCUUGUUCGAGCGGUAUACAGUCUCGAGCAGAUGCUCUGGACAUGGCAACAGAAGGAGAAGCGUCGACUAAGGGGGGAGGAAUGAUGGAGCUGAUGGGGGCCGGGUCGGAGGGGUGCAGUCCACACCAUGAAAUUGUACGACCUAGGGGAACAUGUCCUUAAAAGAUCGAGAUACCCAUGGUAUAAUUCUCCAUUUAUUUUUGCC